AUGCCGAAAGACGCUAAAAAAAGCGGCAAAGAAAAAGUGGUGAGUGAAAAAAAUAAAGGAAACGUGCUAGGAGAGACACCUGUAAGCACAGGGGCUAACAUCAAGACAAGAAGGAAGGUCGAGUUCGAGGAUAUAAGAAAGUACACGCUGAGAAGCAACCAACAGAUGGCGGGGAAAGCGCAAAAACAAGACGAGCCUACAGUGACAGCGGAGAUUUUGAAUGUAAAUAACGAGAAUGAGAAGAGAGACGACAUGAUGACAGAAGAGAAAAAAAAUGUAAGCAAUGUAAAGGUUGUAAAUAAGAAGGUGGAUGAGCAAAGCAGCAAAACAAAAGAUGAUAAAGAUGACAAUGUCAAGGAGACAGAAGAAGCGGAGAGUGACAAAAAAUUGAAAGAGCAAAUAACGGAAAACAAGGAAAAAGUUACAGUAAGAGACAACGGGGCGAACAAUAAAAAUAGGAAAAAUAAUGAAAGUGAUAGCGAAAGUGAAGAUGGAGCGAGAAAUAAGACAGACGAGAAUACAGUAAUGAUUAAAAACAUGAUGGAAGAAUGGAGCAAAAAAUGGGAAUUAGAAAAGCGGAGAAUGGAGCAGAUAGCAAGCAAAAUGGACAAGAUGUUGAGGACGCAGCAUGAAAAAGAAGUCAAUGAAAUGAAAGAGUGCAAAGAGAUCAUCAAGCAGGCACUAAACGGAUAUGAGUGCUUAAAUUGUAAGAGGUAUGCGGAUGAAUUAGCACAAAUAAUGAAAAAUGCGGAGUACGAAAGAGGAAUGUGGUAUGAGGAGAGGGAAAACUUGAAAGCAAAAAUUAAUGUGCUGGAAAAGGAAGUGGCGGUGGUAAAUAAAGGCCUGGAAAAAGAAAAAGAGAAGCAAAAAACAAUAACAGGAGCAGGCAGUGUGAGUAAUGAUAUGCAACAGAAGACGGGGCAGAUAUACAGAGAAAGAUCACGAUCACGAAACAAAAAUACGACAACUCGCAACAGAGACCAACAGACGAGCACGCACAGGAGUGGGGAAAACAACAACGAGAUACAGACACAAAAUAGUGGAAGAGAAAAGAGAGCAGUGGAGAUGAAAAACACGAGAGCGAGAAAUGAACGAGAGAUAGGAGCAGCGUUAAAUAAUAAUAACAAUAACGAGGAGAGACAAAACAGAAUAAUUGCAAAUAAGUGGCCGAGUGAUAAACCGAAAGAACUGACAGAAGAGGAAUGGCAGAGUGAAAAAAAUAGGCGGGCGAGAAGAAGAAAUAACAUUUGUAUACGAUUCAAAGAAGGAGAGCAUGAGGAGGCGAUUAAAACAGUGGAAAAUAGAAUUAAGAUAAGUAUAGAGAGAAAAAAUGUAAGAAUAGGCUAUAAAAAUAUGGUAAUUGUAUAUUUUGACAGCUUAGUAGAAAAGAAAGCGGUUUUAUUAAAUAGAGCGGAACUUAAAGGAACGAAUGUUUACAUCGAUGAUGAUAGUACGGAAAGAGAGGUGCAAGUGCAGAGGUGGCUGAGAGACAUAGUACAUACGGAGAGAGAAAAAGGAAAUGAGGCGAGAGCAAGUUACAUGAAAGUAUGCGUAAACAAUGAAUGGCACAAAUGGGACGAGAAGCGAGGAAAGCUCAUAAAAGAGGAUGAAAGGUAUGUGUGA